AGGCGAGGCGAGGAGAGGAGGAGCGGAAAGGAGAAGAGCGGAGGAGCAACGGCGGUAGCGCGGAGCCUCCCAGGACAGCGGCGCGGCGCGGCCCCCGGCAGCUCGCGUGGUCGUUGGAGACGCCGCUGCCGCCGCCCCAGCCCGGCCUCUCGCGCCCCUCGCCGCCGGCUCGCUGGUGUGGCCGGGAUGAAGCCGGGGCAUGGCCGCCGGGACCCCAUCACCUGCUGCGGGGAACGUUGAGCCCAUUGAAGACCUGUCCCUGAGAAUUUAAGCCCUUCCCGUGCUACCUGCUCUCCCAGUGGCGCUGCAUCCCAGAAGCUCCCUGGGGCCUCCCUGCCCAGCGACACCACUCUCCCCACCCACUGGUCACCAGCGUGAAGUCAGAACCACCAGAGGAAACCCUGAAGGCCUUCCCUGGAGCUAGCUGGUCUGCAGGCUCCUCCGAGGGAUCCUGUCCUCCAGGAGUGUCCCUCCUGCACGGCACACAGAGAGCCCAGAGUGCCUCGGGGAAAGUUGGCUGAAUAAAAGGGCAAUCAGGACGCCACGGCUCCGCCUGAGGCGAUGGCCCAGCCCUACCCCCCUGCCCAGUACCCCCCUCCGCCUCAGAACGGCAUCCCUACCGAGUACGCCCCGCCCCCGCCGCACCCCACGCAGGACUACUCGGGCCAGACCCCUGUCGCCCCAGAGCACGGCAUGACCCUGUACACACCAGCACAGACCCGCCCCGAACAGCCGGGCGCCGAGGCCAGCACACAGCCCAUCGCCGGGACCCAGACAGUGCCGCAGACAGAUGAGGCGGCGCAGACGGACAGCCAGCCACUCCACCCCUCCGACCCCACAGAGAAGCAGCAGCCCAAGCGGCUGCACGUCUCCAACAUCCCCUUCCGGUUCAGGGACCCCGACCUACGGCAAAUGUUCGGGCAAUUUGGAAAGAUUUUAGACGUGGAGAUCAUUUUUAACGAGCGGGGCUCCAAGGGUUUUGGGUUUGUAACUUUUGAAACUAGCUCAGAUGCUGACCGAGCCCGGGAGAAGCUGAAUGGCACGAUCGUAGAGGGACGGAAAAUUGAGGUUAACAAUGCCACGGCCCGCGUCAUGACCAACAAGAAGACCGGCAACCCCUACACCAAUGGCUGGAAGCUAAACCCCGUGGUAGGCGCGGUCUACGGGCCUGAAUUCUAUGCAGUGACCGGCUUCCCCUACCCCACCACCGGCACCGCCGUCGCCUACCGGGGCGCGCACCUCCGGGGCCGGGGCCGGGCCGUGUACAACACGUUUCGGGCUGCGCCGCCUCCGCCGCCCAUCCCGACUUACGGAGCGGCACUGGAGCAAACGCUUGUUAAAAUGCCAGUCCCGUGGGCGGGGCUGGCACCGUGCCCCCUCCCUCCUCAGCAGACUCCGGAGCCGGCCUACCCCGCCUCUCCAGCCUUCCCACCACUCUCUUGUCCGUUUGCUUCCAGGGUCGUGUAUCAGGACGGAUUUUAUGGUGCUGAGAUUUAUGGAGGCUAUGCAGCCUACAGAUACACUCAGCCGGCAGCGGCGGCAGCAGCGGCAGCGGCAGCAGCCUACAGUGACAGUUACGGCAGAGUCUACGCAGCCGCUGAUCCCUACCAUCACACCAUCGGCCCUGCAGCGACCUAUAGCAUUGGAACCAUGGCUAGCCUCUGCCGAGGAGGGUACAGUCGCUUCACCCCCUACUAGCAAGAGACCCGCCCCUAACAGCAUUCACACUACUGCCUAUUCCAAACCAAACCCCACAGCCCCAACACCAGGCACAGCCGCCAGGAGGACAGUGCACCCUCCUGGUCAGCGAAAUGCUCUGCUGACCCUCUGCGACUCUAAAGUCCAUAGAGUUUUACUUGCAGCCAGCUGGUCUCCCUGCCCCGCCCCGCCCACGACGGUGUGUGUGUCUCUGAGCCUGGUUUUUCCUGUACUGUAUGUCUGAACUGUGGUUUCCUAUCUUGCCUUUGUUGAUGUUGUACUCCCCGAGCCGUUUCAGGUACGGUAUGCACAGAGUGGGGGCCAGACUGGGGAGGACAAGCAGCCCUCCCCCAGGCUAGCGUUGGCAACCUAGGAGGAUGACACCCUUGUCUCCUGGUGGCCCCAGCUGCACAGAACUCUAGGAGCACUGGCUGGGCCUCCCCGGUGUGGCCUGGUUCCCUAGUGUUCAGUAAGGCAGGGGGUAGGGGGUAAGGGGCUCAGGCCCCCUGCCCAGUGGGUUUCCCCAGCCCGAGUGGGGCUCCUGUCCACCUGUCUGCUAAUCACGGGAGUAGCUGUCUCCACCCCCCUUCAGCUGAAGCUAACAUUUCUAAUUAAACUUUAUCAAUGACGUUUCCUGCCAAAGUAGUCCCAGGCACAUCGCUCAGUGUGCAGACCGUCACAGUCACACCAGUCCUGGGGCCUACUUAGUGCUGUUUCGAGACGUGCACGUGAGGAAAGAAAGUGCCAGAGGAAUGCCCAAGGCCACCCCACCCUGCCCAGUGCAAAGGUCCUCCCUGCACCCAAGGCAGAGCCUAGGCCCGCAGUCCAUAGGUGGCACCUCGGUGCUGGGGUGGGGCUGCGCCCUUCCCCAGGUACCAGCACGCCUCGCUGUCAGGCUCCAUUUCAGAAGGGGGCGUCCUCCCAGGAGUCCUGGGCAGCCUGACUUGGACUGUGUGCCUGGGGACACGGCCACCCGCAGCGCCCACAUAGAGCCCUGGAGGAGAUGCAGGAUGGGACGUGGUCAGGCCUAGGGCCCAGGGAGCUGGGCAGAGUCCAUCGAAUCGGACAAGGGCCGGGGCAGUACCAGCCCUGGGGCACACAGGUCUCUGAACCACAAGGCCGACAAGAGGUGUGGGCCCCGCAGGGGCAAGGACACGGAGGGGUGUCCUGCUCCCUCUCCUCCCACUGAGCCUCCCUAUCAGGCCACACCUCCUGCCCCGUCCCAUUGGGCUAGCCAGGCCUGGCCUCCCUUGCCCCAUCAGAGCCACAGGCGGCUCCUGCCAGCCAGAUUCUCAUUGGUUCUGGAGCCUGCAGCCCCAUCCAGGCCCCUGCAGCACACCCACCUUCACUGUUGCCGGCCGGCCGGCCCGGGAGGCAUGUUUGCUUUAGGGUCAGCUUGCAGGGGAGAGUGGGUCCCCAAAGCUGAGGGCAGGGUGAGGGGUGC